UUGCGGAAACUAAUACUCCAACUGUUCGUUAUUCAUAAUGAAUACUAGUGUUUUAUUAUCCACUUGUGUUGUAUUAUUUUUUCUGAUUGUGGAGAGCCAGUCCAAAGGCGAAUUGAAAUUUCUUCAGGCGGUCUUUCGUCACGGGGAUCGCACUCCUGAUUUCCUCCCUGAGUGGUACCCGACCGAUCCCUACAGCUCGAAGGAUUGGUAUCCGGUGCCCAAUGGAGGACUGACCAAUACGGGGAAAAACGGGGCUUUUGAUCUGGGAACCUUCUUCCGUCAGAGGUACGACAAAUUCUUGGGGGAUAGCAUACAUCCGGAUAUCGUAAGAUUCUUCAGCAGUCAUGCGGACCGAACGAAAAUGUCUGGUCAGUUGGUGGCGAGCGGUCUUUAUCCACCGCAGCUUCAAGAAAAAUGGAAUAACGCCUUCGACUGGCAGCCAAUCCCCCUAAAAUCGGCUCCAUCAAUAGACGACGCCUGGUUUUAUUUCUCGUCGGUAGGCCUCUGUAGUAAUCACAAGAAGCAACAGGAGCUCGCGGAGAAAACAGAUCCUGAAUUGAUGAAAUAUCUCGAGAAUAAUAGAGAGUUCUACGAAUUUAUAUCCAAACAUGCUGGGAUGAAUGGUACAUACGAGCUUGCUUACAUACUUUAUGUCACCAUCACCGCCGAGAUAGAAAUGGGUCUUGCAGCCCCCCAGUGGACGCAGGGUCUCAUGCCCGAGGGAAAGCUCAAAAACGCAGCUGGACAAGCCUUCAGGAUACGGGGACUCAAUGAUGAAUUGAAGAAAAUCGGCGCAGGUGUAUGGCUGAAAAUGUGGCUGGACAAUAUCGAGGAUUUCAUAUCUGGAAAAAUGCCCAAACGAAAGGCAUUAUUCUGGUCAGGUCACGAUCAAAACGUCGGAGAUUUACUAGUUGCUCUAGAAGCUUUCGACGAGCCUCAUGUGCCGCCUUACAACAGUGCUAUAAUCCUCGAGUUGCAUCAGAUUGAUGCAGAGUAUUACGUCAAGAUUCUGUACAAACGAGAUUUAUACCUCGAGCCACUGUUCAUUUCCGGAUGCGACGACUUGUUUUGCCGAUUUGAAACAUUCAAGAAGAAAUUCGCUUCAAUUCUACCUGAAGACCCGAAGAAAGCGUGCGGAGAGCUGCUCUAAUCUAGAAUAAUAGGAAACGAUAGAACGACGCAUAAAAUUUUAAAAAAUCGAAUGAGAAAUUGACAUAUUUCAUGUAAAUCCACUCAACAGUGGAGCUUAAUUUUAUGAAAUAAGACUGAAUACCAUCUCCAUGUCGAUACACACAUAUCCAAUAAAAUUAUUAAAACUUGA